AUCAAAAUCAAAGAUGGGAUCCUCAUCCUCUCCAUGUUUGUAAAAAGGAAAUUAAGAAAAGAAAGAUUGUUCAUUAGGUAAAGUAGUGAGGGGGAAGGAGAUUUGAUUUGUGUAUGGAUCAGAAAAACCCAAAAUCCAUUCUAAUUCUGAACACAAAAACCAAAAGAAUCCCUUUCUCCCAUGGAAUUUUCAGGACAGUACCGCACGUUUCCAGAUAUCUUCUUUUCUUUUUUAUAAUCUUUAACCCUAAACCUCAACUUCAUUACCCCACCAUCACCAUGAAUUCAGACACCAAGUGUCUUGAUUGUACUGUAGAAACAACAACAAUAACAACAACGACGUUUUUGAUUUAAUGCCUCGCUGUCUUCCAUGUGAAUUUUUUUACUUUCUCUCUGUUAACACUUCAACAUUCAUUCAUCAUCUUACAUUAUACUAUAAACCCACCACACCCAACUCCCACUUUUCAUUUUGAUUCAUUCAUUUCACUACACUCACAUACACAAUCUCAAAGUCAGGACAAAACCCACUUUGCUUCCUUGCUUCCCUUUCUCAAAAUCUUAUUCUAGGGCUGACUGAUCUGUUUGUGCAAUCUUCGUUUUUUUUUCUUCUUCAAUUGGCUUCUUGCACACCACCUGUUUGAUAAUUUUCCUGAGUCAGAUUUUUUUAUUUUAUUUUAUUUUAUUUUAUUUUAUUUUAUUUUUGUGGAAUAUGGAUUUGUUGGGUUCUGAGAGUAGCAGUGGGUGUGAGUCUGGUUGGACUCUGUAUUUGGAGCAAUCUUUUCUUUCGAAUGGUGCCUCUCAUCACAUUGUUGCCCAAGAGGGUGGUUUUUGUACCGAGGGAUAUUGGAAACCUGAAGGUACUGAAGAAGAAGAUGAAGAAGAGGAGGAGGUUGUUGAGGAUCUUUCUAUGGUUUCUGAUGCAUCUUCUGGGCCUCCACAUUUCAUUGAAGAUGAAGCUUGUUCCCAUGAAGAUGAUGCCCAUUUUUCUGAUGUAUCUAAAUCAGCUACAUUGGGGAAGAGAAAGGGGAAGAAGCAGAGAAUUAAAGAAUAUCAAUGUCAGAAGGAACCUUCUUCUUUCCUAGAUGACACUGCUAGUUCUCCUGCUCUCAACUUCACUGCUAAUAAUUUCACCAAUCAAGCUUCAAUGGAAAGCUUCUUGGGGUUAUCUCAAACUAAUCAUUUUGAGGAAAGAUCAGCAUUUACAGAGCAUUUUGGGUUCCUUCAAUCUUCUCUAUCAGGAAAUAGGUUGCAAAAGAACCAGUUAAGCUAUUGAUUGUUUGAAGGUAAAAGAGGGAUAGGGAUGAGAUGAUGAGAAGAGAUGAGAUGGGUGUCUUUGUUUUGUUCGUUACUUUUCUUCUGAAGCUGUUAAUUAAUGUAGUUUUGCUGCGCUGAAAUAUUGUGAAAAGUUUGUCAAAUGUAGUGGAAAAUGGAUCUUGAAGAGAUGGGUUUUGUUUCUUUUUCUUUUUGUAACUGUCAAUGCAAUGGGAACCAACCUCAGACCAAAAAGGUUGGAAAAUGGAAUUUAUUCUUUUGGAAAUUCAAUUUCUUAAUCAAUCAACAGUGUAAGUUUUUUCAA